AUGAAUGUGGACUUAGAAGAUGGAGAAACGGCUUCAGGAGAAGGAACUAAAAGUUUUGCCAGGCCGUCUGAUAAAGACAUGCAGAAUGGUGUAGAUGUGCUCACUACGGGGACCUUUGGUGCCCUUGAAAUGUGUACUAAACCUGUCCUUUACCAUUUGUGCCAGGAUAGAGACCUUAGGAGGGCAAGUACGAAGAGGGCACUCAUCAAAACUCUCCUGAACUGGGUGCAUACACAUUCUUUCAACUUGUAUAUAAUUAACAAGUCCGCACAACAGAAAACAAAGCAGGCAACAGGAGACAUCCUCUCAAAGCCAUUCAUCCCACCUCAUCCUUCGAAGAAGUCACCACAGACGGACGCCGAAUCAGCUAUGCUUCUGAUGGAAAGUACAGACACAGUCAGUGAUGUGUCGCUCCUUCAGUUCACGAAACCUAUCUUGGCAAGUCUCUGUGAUGCAAAGUGUGAACGUCGCAGUGGGAACAAGAGUGAUUUAAUUGGCAGACUGUUGGACUGGCGUUCAUCAAAAAAUUUACUGAUCGCACGGACGGCACUAGAAAGUGCUUCUGUUGCAUUGUGCUCGGAACAACAUCUCAGCAUCAUUGGUCAGAAGAAAGUUCUUGUCCAGCGUCUCAUCCAAUGGCAACUAAGCUCCGAGCAGAACCAACACGAUCACAAUGUGCAUCAAACUCCCACAGAUCUUGAGAAUAGUCACGACCCUCUCCGCACAGAGCACUCAGGACCAACGAGGGAUCAUCAACCUCACCGUGUUGUCCUCGGACAAUCUCUUGUCACCGAGAUACGGAGAGACAUGGUACGUAGCGAAUUGCCCACGUGGGUUAGCAGAGCUCCCAAGGCCCUUGGCUUGACAGUGCAGGGUAAACUCAGUGCGGAUCAGUGGCGUGCCGCAUGCACCAUUAACAUGACCAUAACCCUUGUACGACUCUGGGGUGGUAUGAAUGGUGUAGCCAAGGCUAUGCUAGAUAAUUUUAUGGAUCUAGUCACUGCCGUCGAGCUUGGUUGUAUGUUCAUCAUCUCCCCUGGCCAUAUUGACCAGUACAAAUUUUAUAUGCUGCGCUAUCUCGAGAACUUCAAGGACCUUUACAAAACCAUACGACUGGUUCCGAGCCAUCACAUUGCUCUCCACCUCGGCAAAUUCUUGUGUUCCUUUGGUCCUGUCCAUGCUUGGAGGGCUUUCGCAUUCGAGCGCUAUAACUAUCUCCUCCAGCGUGAGAACACGAAUGGCAAAUUUGGCGAGAUCGAACUUACGAUGAUGAAUCACACUUGCCGAGUAGCAAAUGUGCGCACGCUCAUCCAGGAGGAAAACAUCCGCACUGUUGUCUCUGAGAUGGUCGAGGCAUACAGCAACUUCACAGGCAAAGAUAGGAGAGGCACUCGCAUUCGCGAUGUGCUUCAGUGGGACAAAACUGUCACUGCACAAGGUCAAACCCACCCGACCUUGAAAGAGGUCAUCCUUGAGGAUAAAAUAUAUUCUGCCUUGCUCCGGUUGAUCGACGCUACCGAGGAGCAUUGUUAUGUUGCUGAGGGCACACCUCAUUCGUCAGAACAGCUUUUUCUCAGGCGCAAGGCGGUUCUAUCAAAUUGUAUCCUUAUUGGCGGCAUUUCUUACCGGCCCUCAAAUUUCUCCCAUUGUGAUAGCAACAUCGUAUUUCGGAGCGCCUCGGACUCAAAACCACAGCCUGGUCGCAUCAUCAAAAUAUUCCUUCACCAUCGGUAUUCACUAAGUGACUGUAUUGUCGAAGAGACUUUCUUAGUCGUCCAUCCUCUGAUUCCAUUGUCAGACAUUGAUGUCCCCAUGAUCCCUACCAUCAAUACCCUAUCCCAGGGGGGUUUCUUUGUUACAACCGGUAUCAUAGCGAUUACUGUAUCAUUCGACCAUCUGGUGUUAUUUGUCAUUUUGCAAAGACAACCAUGCACGUUCAUAAUAUAUGUGAGCCCUGCGUACAUGUCCUCCCGUUAG